CUGAAGGUCAGGCAGAAUGCCGUUCCCUGAACCGAUACCAUCCUAUUUUGACUUACAACCUUCGCCAGGACCAUCAUAUCAGUUUAGGUCUGUCGAAGAUGUCAACAAUAUUGUCCAAAUGCUGUUAUGGAAAGUCUCUCAAGAACACCGGUAUACUGGCGUUGGUUGCAUACAGGAGGAGCUUUUCAGGCAUUAUCCGUCAGCCAUAAAUUUUAUUACAAGCAUUCGAAUGAAUGCAGACUGUAUACCCCGUCUGGCAGAACACAAAAAGUUAAUUCAAAGGGUUAACACGCUUUUGUGGGCGUAUGCUACUACUCGUAACGUUGUAACUUUGGCGGACAUGGAUCAGCUAAUACAGUUGGAAGCACCAAAUGAUUAUCGACUUCUUGGCCCAAUCGUAAGUUUACCAGCUGCACUAGAAAUACUUCAAGUUAGUGAAUUUGAUCAACAUAUAGUGGCGUGUUUCACAACAGGAUUUACAAAUCAAGCACUGAAAAUGUGUACAGAGGAUGUUUUAGAAGAACUAAAAACUUGCAUCUGUAAAAAUCGAUAUCGUUUACCUACAACUGUUAGUCGAGGAUCAGUUUGUUCGUGGUGGGAAUCAGUGUUUACAAAUCAUAUGCUGGGAGUUUUGGAUAAUGUCAGGGUCGUACAACGUAGCAAUCAGUAUCAAAAGUUGAAUCAGCUGGCCAAGUAUGGAAUUAGAAUUAAGGGGUUCUCCCAUCUUGUCCAAGAAAUAACAAAUAAUCUAAGGCCUGAGAAUCUAAAUAAAGCUGCUAGACUAGCACAAGAUCAAUUAGAUAAUGAUAUCCGUCAAUUGUAUAAGGACUUUACUUCCUCCUUGGUGAGUAAAUCAGCUCUAAAGUCAUAUCGAUCUAUGAAACCAGUCAAUGUUCUUAAACAUUUGGCAACUUGUGCUACACAGUUACACGCUGAACUGCAAAAUUGGGCUGAAGAGAGAAGUUUAGUAUGGCCUAAAGGACAUUUAGAUUCGCUACUUGUAUUUGGUCAAUUUAUGCAACGUAUUGCUGCUACUGGGCCUUUUCGUACUCUCGUACAUUUACUCAUUCUACUCUUCAAUACGGAAUCAAUGAAUAUCAAGGAAUUAUUGACUCGAAUCGUAUCGUCUGUGCGUAAGGCGGAUCGAGUUUUGGAAUCAUCGUCACAACCAACAGCAGCAGAUGAUACGGAACUUAUUGACCUGACAGUUAAUUCAGACGAUGAAUUAUGUGAGAUUUCAACGAAACUUGACGAUUCUAUCACAACUAAGUAUCCCGAAUUGACAGAGGUUGUAGACAAAUUUAAUGAUUUAUUAAAACAACAACAGCAACACGAAGAAGAAGGUAAUGUUGUGAAUCAGUCCAACAAUUUGUGGUUAUCACUGGCAUCAUUGGAACGUGAAAUUUUCCCACAAGUAAUUGGUCAGAAUUCUCCAUCUUUAUUAAGUCUACUUGCUGAAGCUAUAAAUGACGGUGUGAACAAUGUGAAUUUAUUUCCAGUUAAUGUGACUGAUAUCAGAAAAGAUAAAAUACGUGAUGAAAACAGUUACAAUGAAUCAAGUCCAGGUAAAGCUAGUGUUCUACACGAAGAAUCAUCAACAUCAAGAGAUAUAGAUCCUGGAUUAGUAUUUGACUUCGUACAGAAAUUGACAUGUAUCUCUUCGAGAAGUAAAGAGGAAUUGUGUAAACUUGUCUGUGAAAAUUUACGCAUCAUUCACUCAUCGAAAUUGGAGCAGUUGAUUGAAUCAAUUUUAUCACAAACUAUGGAUGAUCAUGAAAUCAAUAAAGUAAAACCAUUAGUUUAUCAUCAUCAUGUUCAUUUACCCAACAUUUUAACUAUGGAAGAAACUCAACAAUCUAUAAGUUUACAAUCGUCAUCAUCAGAUAUUAUUUCGCGUUUGCUUACUCAACGUGAAUGUGUCCUAAGUUUUCUGUCAGCUUGUCCUUCUUUAAUGGAUUUAGAAGCAUGGUCUCAAUGGUAUCAAGAUUGUCUAUUCUAUGAUCGUUGGGGUAGUCUUGAUUCAUUUCUUAUAGAGGCUGGAGCUGAACAAGUAUGUGACCAAUUCAAUAUACUUGCUAUACGUAUACUUCCAUUUGAUGGUGCCGUUGUUGGUAACAAUAGCCAACUUUUACGAUUAACUGCACAUCCUUCAUCGAAUGAUUUAAAAGAUGCAUUAGAAAAAUGGCGAUACAAUCGUGAUUCUCUUACAAUUCGUCUUGUUGGAGAUUAUCUAAUCGGUUCAGUUAUCAAGGCUAGUAGAUUGACAAUUAGUCAAGCAUGUUCCAUUAUUACGAAUCAUUUCACUACUACUACUAACAUUUCUAAAAAUGUCUCAGAUUCAAAUGAAUGGAUUUAUUUUGUAUACAGUCUAUUAAUGAAGUUACCAUACAGUCUAUUAGGUUUGGUAUUCUCUUUAAUUAUUAUUCCAAGUUUAGAAUCAGCAGGAAUUCGAUGUUCUACAUCAUGGCCAUUAGAUAAAUCUGAUAUAUCACUCAUGAAUACUGAUGUUUCAUCUAUCAAUUAUAGUCUUUUACAUAUCUUCUUCCAUAAUGAACUUCUUUCUUUGAAUACAUUCAUUGAUGAGAAUAAUUCACAAUUGAAUCGAAUUUAUUUAAUUUCUGCUAUUGGUAGUAUUGGUUAUCAAUUAAAAUGGCCUGCUUAUAUUAAAUAUUUUGAAGAAAAUCGUUUUAAAUUAAUUGAUAACCCAACUACUGUUACUAUGAUGAAUAUUGAUCAAAUGAAAAACAUUGAUAUGAAUUGUCAAUUAUCAACAAUUAGUAUUUUACCUUCAUCUUUAUCUGAGACCCAAUUCAUAUCUGAAAAUGUUGAUAAUAAUGAUAAUAAUCAAAUAUCGACUUGUUCAAAAUUAAUGGAGAAUAAUGAAGAUAAUUCAACCAAUGUAUCCAUUCAAAGUAACGAUGUCAAUACAAACGCCAGUGAUAUUUGCAAAUCUACAAUUCACUUGGAUAAAAACAUGACAAUAGCUGAUUCUAAAAAUCUAUCAUCUGAUCGCCAUCAAUUUAUCGAAGAGAUUAGACGCCGAGAAUUUGGUGUCGGUGUUGAAUUAAGUGAAGAAGCAACUGAUCUAAUUCAGAGAGUUGAAGGGAAAUUAUCACGUAGUCUUGUACAAUUAUCUGAAGAACUCUAUGGUCUACCUGGACAUUUUCUUCUAGAACUAAUACAAAAUGCUGAUGAUAAUACCUAUGGGAUAAAUGAUGUUCCUACAUUACAACUUCAAUUAUCCACCAUUUCUACAAUUAAUAAUGAGUGUAAUAGUAAUACUAAUGAUCAAAAAUUCUCUUUACUUGUUAUGAAUAAUGAAUCUGUUGGAUUUACUGAACAUGAUAUGUCUGCGUUAUGUGAUAUUGGUCAAAGUACUAAAGUGACUCAACGUGAUGCAAAAAUAGGACGUAAGGGAAUCGGUUUCAAAUCAGUCUUCAAUAUUACAGAUACACCGGAAGUUCAUUCUAACGGUUUUCAUGUUCGCUUUCAUCGACAAUCGAAAUGUACAAAGUACACUUCACAAACUCCGCCAUCAUUAAUACUCAUACCUGAAUGGUGUGAUAAUGAGCAAUUGAUGAGAUCUCAAAAUCAUUCUAAUGAAAUACCAUCAUGGUGUAAAACUUUAUUUAUUCUGCCGUUGAAUUCUGAAACAUUAAUUAAUCGUUCAACAAGAGUAGUUCAAUCACCCGCUCUCUAUAUUAUUCAACUCGUUCAAACAACACUUCAUCCUAGCUUAAUGCUAUUUCUUAGACGUUUACAGUGUCUUCGAUUCUCCUCUAUGGAAGUAGGUUGAUUUCCUAUUUUUUUCGAUUAUAUAUUAUAGACAAAUAAUUAUCGAGUAAUUGUGGUGUGUGUG